CUUCUCUGUUAUUUCCUGAUGAUACUAAAUCAGAUGAUCUAUGCCUGUCUGAUCUCACUACCUCUACCUCUCAUGGUAUUUUUAUGGGGAAUGUUAUCCAUCCCAAGACCAUCUAAGACAUUCUGGAUUACUGUUAUCACUUACACUGAGGCAUUGGUAGUCAUCAAGUAUUUAUUCCAGUUCUCAUUUUUCCCAUGGAAUGAUGUUGCUUUUACUGAUGAUCCAUUCUGGCCACCAAGAAUCAUUGGUAUAGAACAGAAAUCAAACUAUGCUUCAUUAGAUCUUGUAUUGUUGUUGGCUUUGUUUAUACAUAGAUCUUUAUUGAAGAGAUAUGGUUUAUGGAGAGAUGCUGGUGAUAUUGAAGCAGAUUUAGCUAGAGCUGGAGAAAGAGAACUAAGCCCACCCACAUCACCUAUGAGAAUAACCCUAAGCCAGUAUGCCUGUCCUUGCCACUAUCUCUGUUCUGUUCAAUUGUGGGCAUUAACAAAUCCUGCUUCAGAAUUAGUUAUAGAAAAGUCUAGAUUCUUGUUUUAUAGUACAAAUUUUCCACACACCACUUUUGACUAUCAUUUGUCGAUUCAUCUGACUUGUGACUAUCCCAUUAAUGAUCUUAUUUUCAGUUUGCAGAAAUGUUUGAGACCAAUUAAAGAAUUUUACCAUCAAGUAACAGAAUCUCAAUACGUAGCCACAGUAGAUGUUUAUGCACCAAUGUUUCUAUGUGAUUUUAUUACUUUUAUUAUUGUUGUCUUUGGUUAUUGGGCAUUUGGACCAGCACAAACAUCUGGUGGUGGUGAUGUCACUAGUUAUCUUUCUGAAAAUAGGGUACCGGUACCAUUCCUUGUCAUGUUGAUAACACAGUUUGUACUAAUAAUAGUAGAUAGAGCUCUAUUCCUUCGUAAAAAUGUCAUUGGAAAGUUUAUAUUUCAAUUAAUAUUAGUAGUAGUCAUACAUAUUUGGAUGUUCUUUGUUCUACCAGCUGUUACAAAAAGGAGUUUCUAUGAUAAUGUACCAGCACAACUAUGGUAUUUUAUUAAAUGUAUAUAUUUUGGAUUAUCAGCUUAUCAAAUAAGAUGUGGAUAUCCAACUAGAAUACUUGGUAAUUUCCUAACUAAAAAAUACAACUACUUAAAUCUAUUCUUGUUUAAAGGAUUUUUAGCCAUUCCAUUCUUGUUAGAAUUACGAGCAUUAAUGGAUUGGAUUUGGACUGAUACAACUCUUGCACUGGGAAGCUGGCUACAAAUGGAAGAUAUCUAUGCCAACAUUUUUGUGUUAAAAUGCUGGAGACAUGCUGAAGCUACAUAUCCUACUCCCCGAGGAAAUAAACGUAAAGCAGUUAUUAAAUAUGGCGUCGGUGGAUUGUUAUUAUUCCUGAUUAUAUUUGUUAUCUGGUUCCCUCUGGUCUUGUUUUCAUUCGCUAACACGGUCUAUGUACCCAAUCCACCAUUUCAAUGUAAAGCAUCAGUAACUAUAGCAGGAUUUCAACCAUUACUCAUAAUGAAUGCACAGAACCAAAGUAUCAGACAACUGUCGUCUAGUGAAUAUGAUCAGUUGCAGAAACGGUACAUUCGGAAUCGGGAUGCCUCUGCAUUCUUGUCGAACUAUGAACAAGAAGAUAUAUCAGUGACACAAUUAAAUGGAACAUCAACAGCAUUGUGGGGUAUUAGUCCACCUAGUGUAUCAGCUCUGAUAACAUUACUCAAUAGUCAAGAUAGUAUGAGAGUUGAGUUCUCUCUAGAUUUCUCUAGAGAGUCCACAUCAGGAGCAUCAGAAUUAAUCAGUCAUCAGUUUACCAGAGAACUGGAUGCUAAAACUAAAAAACAAUUAUUAAAUAUAUUGAAUGAUACAGCUGGAAAUGACAAAAUGAACAUUACUGAACUAUUCCCAAGAUAUAUGAGGCUAAGUUCUAAAGGAAGAGCAAGUGAUGUCCCCUCAUUAUUAGAGUUUGGAAAUGGUUAUAGUAAUUUAUCAUUAGUAUUACUAGAAGAUGACAGACUGGGUAAUCUAAGUGAUUUCGCUCAAUGGUGGGAAGCUGAUGAGAUUUUAUUACCAAAUGAUAUGUUUAAUCCUUCACCUGAUAAACAGUCAUCUAGUUCACAACUUUAUCUUUUAACAUUCAAUGAUCGGAGAGCACCAGCUGGUUUCUCUAUUAUUACUGGUUAUGGUAUAAUUGGGUUGUAUAUAUCAUUAGUAUUUGUAAUUGGAAGAUUUGUACGGGCCACUAUAUUUAUUGGAGUGUCCUUUAGAAUCAUGUUUGAAGAGCUACCAUUUGUCGACAGAGUAUUACAGCUGUGUCUUGAUAUUUAUAUGGUUCGAGAAAGCAACGACUUACGUUUAGAAGAAGAUUUAUUUGCCAAAUUAAUUUUCCUUUACAGAUCCCCAGAAACUUUAAUAAGAUGGAGCAAAUUCAAACUUGAAUAA